GCAUCCUCCGCGCUCUGCAGCGUCUCCCGCGCCCGCUCCCUUCCCUGCGGACUGAAGGCGGCAGGUUUCCGGCCAGAGGACCUGAGGAUGCAGGAGGAAUUUCGGUCUGAGCCGCCCUGUGCGCGGUGUCUGGUUCUAGAUUCUGCCAAGUGGCCGGCAGGGGGAGGGAGGGAUGGCCGCAGCGGGUUUUUGUGGUGUGGAGGGAGGAAGUACAGGGCAGACUGGGCCUCAAUGUGGGUGGAAGCCUUUUUCUGUGCGUUCUGUACCGCCAGUAACCGUCCCUGGGAAAGUGCUAGGGUUAGGAGACAGGUUAGUCACGUGGUGGUUAAACUUCAGUGCCUCUGGGCCGUCUGAAAGGAACUCUGGUUAGCCACUGCCCCUGUGUUUCUGUGUAUGGAGCUGAAUUAGAAUACAGGCAUAGUUUGUUUUACUGUGCUUCUCUUUAUUGUGCUUUGCAGGUAAUGCGUUUUUUAUAAAUUGAAGGUUUGUGGCAACCCAGCAUCAAGCAAGUCUGUUGAUGCCGUUUUUUCCAACAGCAUGUGCUCACUUGUUCUUUGUGUCAUGUUUUGGUAAUUCUCGAAAUAUUUUGAGCUUUUUAAAAAAAUUGUCGUAAUAUCUCUUUGCCAAUCUGUGCCCAGCGAUUUUGAUGUUACUAUUGUAGUUGUGUUGGGGCACCAGGAACCACACCCACGUGAGACGGUGAACUUAACUGAUAAAUGUGUCUUCUGACUGCUCUGUUCCCUGCCCCCUGCCUCUUCUCUGGCCUUCCUAUUCCCUGAGACAUGACGAUGUUGAAAUUAGGCCAGUUAGUAACCCUAGGAUGGCCUCUGAGCGGUCAAGUGAGAGGAAGUGUUGUAGGCCUCUCACUUUAAAUCGAAAGCUGGAAAUGCAUGAUAGGAAAGGGAAACAGCGGCACUGCUGCUGAGGAGAAAGCUUUAGUGGUCUGGGGAGAGGACCAGACCAGCCACGACACGCCCUGACACGGAAGCCUAAUCCGAGGAAGGCGCUAACUCUCUUCACUUCUGCAGAGGCUGAGAGAGGUGAGGAAGCUGCUGAAAAGUCUGAAGCUGGCAAAGGACGCUGACCUCCGGGUGACUCACAGCCAUGAGGACCCUCGCCCUCCUCACUGCCAUUCUCCUGCUGGCCCUCCAGGCCCAGGCUGACCCACUCAGACAAGCGGAUGAUGAGGCUCCAGCCCAGGACGAGCCUGAGACAGGGGACCAAGACAUGGCAGUCUCCUUUGCAGGAGAUGAACGCUUAGUCCAAGAGGCUUCAGGCCUAAAGAAGACCAUUAUCUGCCACUGCAGACGUCUACUGUGUCUUAGCUCAGAACAUCUUUCUGGGAUCUGCACCAUCAAAGGUGUUCGCUACCCCUUCUGCUGCCGUUGAGCUUCAAAAACAGAGACAAAGGAGUUCAUGAUUUGCUUUGAAGAUCUGUAAGAGGACUGUUAUUAUUCCUUGUACCUUGUCCUCAAUUUCCUUUCCUUAUCCCAGAUAAAGUCCUUGCAGCAAGUUCUCUACCUGUGUGCUUUUUGAUGUUUGAUAUGUAUAUUAAUCUGAACUCGUUAGACUUCUACUUCUCAGGGAAAGGCACCACCGUCUUUCCAGAGCGUUGGAGUAUUCCCGUUGAACAGGCCCAGGUCUACCCUUUAAGGCCUGGAGUUUUAUCAGCUCCACUGAAACAACUUUAAUUAAGAUUGCGAUGGGUUGUUAACAAAGACAUAACAAGCAGAAGAACAAUCAUAAGGCAACCACACUAUGAUACACUCAUUAUUUUUUACAUAGCCACAUAUAGUAAAAGUUGGAUUUUAUGUAUAAAAAGUUGGCUUCAUACAGACCAAUGAAC